UAGGCCGCCCGGCCAUUUCUAAAAUGUGGAAAACUUCUUGCUGUGUUGCUACACACUUUUCCUUUCUGUGUGUUUUUUAAGUCUCUUAUACUCUUAGUUAAAAUUUGUUACAAAGUGAUCGUACAAUAAAUAUUGUAUGGAAACGCCAAUAUACAUGCAAAGGGCGAAGAGAAAGAAAUUAAAGCAAAACAAGAAACCAAAGAGGAAUAGAAAAAGCGCAUUCGGCGCUGUCAUAUUUUCCGUUUUCGGAGAACAUCAUUUUUGCAGCCUUAAGUGCAUAUCUCAGUGAGAUAUUCUUAUUAUUUACUGUUUCAUCCAGAUUCGUUGAACGGAUACGGAUUGCCAUGUCCACGGAUAAGGAAAGUGCCCUCAAGGCUAUUGCAACCGUUGUGAGGGCUCUGACUGUGUCCCUCAAGCCGCCGGUCUCGUUGAUGUCCAUUCUGAAAGACUACAGGGGACUUGAGGGCGAGCCGCUUCCCUAUCGCAGGCUGGGCUUUCCGACACCCGAGGCUUUGUUGUUGGCAACAAACGAGUUCAAUAUCCAAAGGUUCGGAAAUGAGGUCCUCAUCAGUGCGAAGUACAGUGCCAAAACCGAGCACAUAGCGUCUAUGGUCAGAGGGCAGAAGAACAGCGUAAAGAACAAACCUAAGCCUAAAGUUAAGCAAAACCCCUCAUACGCCAAUAGAUAUCCCAACAACUACUAUCCACAAGCGCAGCAAUUUUAUCGACCAUCGCCGCAGCAACAUUAUCAGCAAUCGACAGCGCAACGUUAUUGUCCUCCAACCGAACCUCAUCUAACGCAAGUUCUUAACCAAGAACUGAACCGUGUUCGCCAGCAGCAACAGGAGCAGUUUCUCGCCCAGAAACGCUUCGAGGAGAACCGUCAGAGCCAGCAACGCGAACUAGAGCAGCUGAGAAACGAUCUAAUCAGGCAAAAGGCGAAUUUGGAACAAGAUCUUAGGAAUAGCCUCAAGAAGGAGCUUGAGACUCGGAUCAAUAAAGAGCUGAAGGUUACGAUAGAGAAAGAGAUUCAGGAGCGUUUCGUGAAGCAACUGGACACUUUAAAAAAGCAGCACGAGAGUGAACAAAAAGCACUAGUGGGAUCUUUGGAGAAAGCCAAAGAGGAUUGCAAGAGAAAGGAGUUGGAGAAACAGAAGAGCACAGAAGCAGAAAGUCAUAGGCAGGACAAUAAAAAAUCGGAGAUCUCGAAGCAGCAAGGGAACAGCGAAACUCGCAAGCAGGAGAUGGAGAGGGAUCGAGCUCAGAAACCCAAAGGACCUACAUCCAUGCGUGCCGCACAGGUGAACCAGGAAAAGAUCUUGAUCACUAUACCAAAUGAUAAGAUCGGAUCCACCACUAACGGUCAUGGUCCGAGCCGCCCUCAGAGCAACGGGCAGCCCAAACAGAACGGGGGCAAGCCACCGCUUCGGGCCAUAUUGGGCAAUAGUGCAUCUCAUCGUCCGAACGCACCAAGUGUCGAUGCUGAUUCGUCUGCCGCCCGCUUUAAGCGACCAUUGCAUCCGCGCAUUCCUCACCCAGGGCAGACGCGCCCUGCUGCCAUUUCCGUAAAUGAUAGACUUAAACUUAAAGCGCAACCGCAAGCUAUGAUACCGGUAGUGACUCCCAUCACGCCGCCCGACUCGCCAGAAAAUGCGAAACCCAAAGUAACUACCCAGGCGGUUGAUGUUCAAAAGGUUACGAGCCAUGUUCCCAAGACUCAUAACUCCACGCCAAAUACGAAGAAGAACGUUAACUUCAAGUUCAAUCCGACGUACGACGCCGUUUCAUCGUUGAAUAUGUACUGCGAAGCCCAUGGCUUUGAGAAGCCAAAGUUCAAUAUCUUCAAUACACCACCACAUCUGAAUUGCUCCGUGAGGAUUGAGGGCGACGUGUACAGCAGCUAUCCUCAGGAGUUUGUGAAUGAGGAAACGGCCUACCAGCGCACAGCCCAGAUUGCAAUUGAGCGCAUAAAGCACGCUGAGUCGCGUAAGCAGCUCUCUGUGUGCACGGUCAACGAUGAAGAGUUCAUCGAGGGACUGUAUCAUGAGUUGCUUAAAUACCCGCACGGCAUUCUGGGCCACAAGCUAGAGGAUUGGUAUGGUAAUACCUUCGGGCACCACCUACCCAGCCACUGGUACGAUCUUAUCAUCGAGUCGAACAAGAUUCGCGUAGAGCACGGCAUUAAUCCACGAAUCAUUCUGUUCGCCAACGAUCCCGGGUGUCCGGUUCCGAUUCACAUCAACACGCCCACCACAAUGCCAAAUCUGGUGCUGCCUUGGCAAGGUAUCGAGGGAGGAUCGCACGAUUGGAACAUGUACAUUAGCCACUGCAAUUCGACGACUGAAGUUUGGGCCAGACUAAUCGAUCAGAUCGGAAAGCUGGAUGAGUUGACAACGCACAUGAGUCGACAUUUGGCAAUGCCACACUACCGCCAGCAGGUGCUCGAUCCUCAUGUCCAAGAGUUAUACCUGGUGGAGAUCCGCGAGGGCUGGAACCGUGUUCGUGUGAUCUCCGUAGAUGCGGAGCAGAAAAGUUGUCGGUGUCACUUCGUCGAUUUUGGAGAUACAGCACAGUUCGCGUUUGAGGAGCUGUUUCAGUGUCCGGCCCAGUUCCUUGUGCUUCCGGCCCAAGCAAUUUGUCUAAGUUUGUAUGCGUUGGACAAGUUUAGGGAUCAUCCUCACGCCCAGCGUGUACUGAUUAACGAACUGGAAGGCCAGUCAGUAGUGGCCCGUGUCCUCACCAGCCAGAAACAGUUUCUUGACCUCGGCGGUGCCGCUCAAGGCAUAGUAAGUAAAGGCAGACGGCAGCCAUGUCUGGUGGCCACUCUUUACGACACAUCCACGGCCGAGGAUGUUCAUCUAAAUGAUCUGGUUGCCAGUAGAAUCAUUAAGAGUACCCCGCCGCCUACACUCAAUGAUGAUCAGAAUAUUGGAAAAACCACUCCCAUUUUCGUGACGCACAUCACCGAGGACGGCGAUCUGAUGGUGCUAGUUCGCAACGACGACCUGAACUUUGUGGAACGAAGCAUUGCUAACACAGUGGCUGAUCUGGGUGAGCAGGAUCGCGUUCGAUACUCUGAUCUGCUCCAUGACCGGCAUGUCUUCGUCUGUGACGAGUCUGUUGACGGCCUGAAGCACUGGUAUCGCGGGCGAUUGGUAUCCAAGCCUCAAAACUCCGAAGAGGAGACCUUCGACAUCUACUACAUAGACGAUGGACGGCAGCGCAAGACGCAUAUCUCAAACAUUUACCGAUUGGAGGCCAACAAUAGAGCUCUAGCCUGGUACCCUCCACAGGCGCUGGCUGUUAGCCUGUACGACGUCCCCGAGAUCUCGAGUCAUAUGAUGGGACGACUGCGUGCACAGAUGCCGCCGCGCACUGAAGCUUUGCUCAAAGUGGUAGCCAAAGACAUUACGAAGCCCAUGGUUAAGGUAUACAUCCGCCAGGGUCCGGAAUCGAUGUAUAGUAGUGUAAACACCGGCCUUAGAAUGGAAUUCGAGAUUCAGAGUACGACUCGUCCAGAAUCCUUGGAUGAUCUGCAGUCGAAUACCACCAUCCAGUCGCCAAGACGUAGCAGCUUUAGCUCUGUGAUCUCGAGUCAGAGCAGCAGCAGUGACCUGGUCGCCUUUAGUUCGCCGGCGACGCCCCAAAAGGUAUCUACACAUAGAUCAGGAGCCACAACCUUUUCGACACUUCUGCUUAAAGAUUACGAAGCUAUUCCGGCCGUGGGCGCCUACUUCGAAGUGCGCGUAGCUCUCUCCAUAAAUCCCGGUCACUUUGCGGUUCAACCUUACAAAUGCUACAAUCAGCUGCAGUGUUUGAUGAAGGAUCUGCAAGAAUAUUGCAAGGGAUCGGCUGCCAAGGGAGUCCAGCCCUCCCAGUUGGCUAUUGGUGAGGCCUAUGCCGCGCCCGACAGUGAAGGCGUUUAUCAUCGCGUAAAUAUUCGCAAGAUUUACGAUGAGAUUAUUCACGUCAGUUUCGUGGACUUGGGCGAUGAUGGUGUGGUGGCCUGUGAUCAAUUAAAAACACUUCCACCGGAGUUGAGAAAGCUGCCCAAGAUGGCGCUUCCAGCUCAAUUAUAUGGCGUUCAACUGGAAGAUGUGGUAUGGAGCCAGGAAAACUGUGUCCGCUUCCGCAAGCUAACGUUGGGCAAGAUGUUCAUCGGGAUUGUGCGGCGCCUGCACAAACAGAAGGACGAAACGCGAGCGCUGUGCUUGGAGCUGAUUGACACCUCCACACCGCAGGAUAUUAAGCUGCACGAGACUCUCAUUAGCGAGAAUCACGCGCAGCCGGAAACAAAGGAAGUCUGAGUUGGAUUCUUCUGAAGCUGUUCAUGUUUAUGUUUGCUUACUUAUAGUCUUAGCCUAAGUACAUAUAUUUAUUAUGACCAUACAUUCCGCCAGAUGGAAAGAAUAAUUACUCUGCAGUGCAAAGCGCAACAAUAAACUAAGGAUUUUGCUAUCGAGA